AUGCAAUUUUUUGAUCAGCAUUUUGACUCAGACUGCUUAAUGAGUUUUCAACAAUCUUCCAGCACCAGUGCACUGGAACACGGUUCAAACUUUGAAACGAGCCUGGUGAAUGCCUCUCAACUUAGAAAUAACUGUGACGUGGAGAACAAGAUAAGCAUUGAAAGUUGGUUUGGUAGGAAUAAAAAAAAAUUGAACAAUAAUUUUAAUGUUCCGGAGUUGAACAGGUUGUUGAUCAUUGCAUUUUUUUAUUGGCGGCACCGUAAAAUUGUUGAUCGAGUAGCAAAAAAAUUAAGAAAAGUCAUUCAAAACGUUUGCAUCAAUUUUUGUAUUCCGAAAGCACCGUACAUGGAAAGUUAUUUGAUGGAUCGUGAGGCAAGCUGGCAGGAUUACCUCACUCACGAGUUGUGCAAAUGUAAGCAUGUAGCGAGAGUACAAGAGAUAAAGCACAUUAAAAAACAGAACAUCUGGUUUGAACUUGUGACAGAAUUAUUUCUGAAAAAUGUCGACUUGCUUGAUUCGCAUCGGUCGACCAUGCGAGCAGAAUUUGAUGACAAACGAAAUGGACGUUCAUGGUAG